GCGUCUCUCUGGGAGGAUUCCCGCCUCUUUCCCUCCGCCGCUGGUGGGUGUGAACACCAGCGGCAACCAGUGGCUCCCUCUCCGGCUUGGCGGGCACGAGGGAGCGGGCUUCGUCGGCUCGCGCUCCUCCUGCUCGGGGAUCCGCUCGCAGCCUCUGGCGGGCUUCGCGGCGGAGCAAAGUUUCUUCGGUCUGAACCCGAGGUCGGGAUUCAUGGAAUGAAUGGUAAACACCUCUCUGUCUCUGAUGGCUGCCAAAGACGUAGUUAUCCUAGCAACAAUAAGAGCAUGAAAGCUACAAGGCAUGAACCUGCUAAUAUGGUUCUUAAAGGUAUCUGAAAACAAGAACCAUCACCAUCAGCCUGCUUCGCAGACAAAAGUGAAAUGUUGGUACUUUGAGUUUCCUUCUUCUUCUAGCAUUAGGUGAAAGAUGUGUGUGAUUGACAGAGACACAGAAAAUUCUACACAGAUCCAACCUGUUAUAGGACUGGUCUUAGGCAGCAUCUCAUUGAUCACAGUUGUCAUGAACAUUUUGGUCUUGUAUGCAGUGAAAACAGAAAAGAAACUGCAGACGGUUGGCAAUCUUUAUAUUGUCAGCCUUUCUUGUGCAGAUGUUAUAGUUGGUGCAGCCGUGAUGCCGUUGAACAUUGUGUACCUAUUGAAGGAUAAGUGGAUACUGGCUAGAAAAGCUUGUCUGUUCUGGCUGUCGAUGGAUUAUGUGGCCAGCACAGCCUCCAUAUUUAGCCUCUUCAUACUCUGCAUAGACCGUUAUCGUUCUGUCCAGCAGCCCUUAAAAUAUCUCAAGUACAGAACCAAAACUAGAGCCUCUAUCAUGAUUUCAGUUGCUUGGUUGUUGUCUUUUAUGUGGGUCAUCCCAAUUCUUGGCUGGCGUAAAUUUACAAAUUACCACAACACAACCAGCAGAACUGAUGAUGAAAAGAUAUGUGAAACGGAUUUUUGCAAAACCACAUGGUUUAAAGUCUUGACCGCCAUGAUCAAUUUCUAUGUCCCAUCAUUACUAAUGUUGUGGUUUUAUGCAAAAAUAUACAAGGCUGUUCGGAGGCAUUGUAAGCACCGAGAGCUCAUAAAUGGGUCUUUUAGGAGCGUUCAAGAAAAAGCAAGUACUCAAAGUGAAAAGCUACAAGAAAUGCAAAAGGGUUAUCUCCUAAAUGCACAUAAAGAUACAGGGUAUGUUACUAAUGAAAAUGACUCUGAUGAAAACAAAGGAAUGGAGGUCAAAUAUCCAGCAAACAGGUUUAUUAAAAUAUCAAAGAGUGACAGAGACGAUGACGUAGGAGUAGUAAAGCUCAACUGUUUCCCUCCAGCAACAGUAGAGGAUCUCACCAGAAUAGGCAACACAGACAGCAAGUAUGCCUGUGUCAAAGAAAACAUUGAAACUAAAGAGACCCUUUGCUCCCUAGACUAUGAGUUUAGCAAAAUGUCUGAGGGCCUGAGUUUUGCAGAGGGGCCUUCCUCUAGACGUUGCAGUACCACUCUGAAGCAGUAUUCUGACGCUGGCAGAUGUUUCUCUAGGUCUAGUGACAGAAAAGACAGUACAAGUUUACAUUACCUGAAAAGGACAUGGGAAAGGCUGUGUACUCAGUCCAUUAACCGAAGUCAAGGGAACAGAGAGAAAAAGGCAGCCAAGCAGUUAGGGGUCAUAAUGGCAACCUUUAUAUUGUGCUGGAUCCCAUACUUUGUAUUAUUUUUGGUCAUGGCCUACUGUGAAAAGUGUUACAAUCGCCCUGUUCACAUGUUUACUAUUUGGCUUGGCUAUGUGAAUUCUACCUUAAAUCCAUUUAUAUAUCCACUCUGUAAUGAGAACUUCAAAAAGGCUUUUAAAAAGAUCUUUCAUAUUAAAAACUGAUGUAUUGGGGGAGUAUCACCAAGGAGGGGUGCAAGAGUCAACAGAAUCAUAUUGAGAAAUACAAAUAGACUUUCCAGUAUUAUAAAGAAGAAUUGCAAAUGAAGUGCAGGAUUCCUUAGAAAACAAAAUAAUUGGAAAAGAAGAAAACACAUUUUUCAUAGAAAAAUGUUGCACUGUAAAUUUGAAAAAAACACAGGACUUUACAUCAGGAUUCCCUUGACCCCACGUUUUAGCCCCAGGA